AUGGAUGAAAACUACAAUGACGUCGCCAUCAACACGUUCAAAAGUGGUCUCCCUACCGAGCAUGGCUUAAGGAAAUCUCUAACUGGUAAACCUGUCACCAGCGUUCGCCAAUUGAUGGACAGAAUUGACAAAUACAAAAGGAUGGAAGAGGACCAGCUACAAGGGAAAGGAAAGGAGAAGAUCAUCCCCCCCCCCCCCAAAGGGAAUGAUUACAGGUCGGAACGAUAUAACAGUAACCAGCCGAGAAGAGAUUUUUCGAGACAGGCUGGACAAACCAACAUGCAAACGAUUAAUGCCAUAUCCAGAGAGCCGGUGCAACAAGUUCUGGAGAAAGUAAAAAAUGAGCCUUUCUUCAAAUGGCCGAGUAAAAUGGCCGGAGACCCCUCGAAGCACAACCAGAACCUGUAUUGUCAUUAUCAUCAAGACCACGGGCAUACCACCGAGGAUUGUAGGAAUCUAUGGAACCACCUGGAUCAGUUGGUCCAAGAAGGAAAGUUACGUCAUCUUUUACACCCCUCCAGCGGUCAUCUGGGCCAAGCAGUUCAAGAGCCUUGGAAAGAUGUAUCUUUGAGACCUCCCAUCGGGACGAUGCACGUCAUCCUUGCCGCCCCAGGGAGAACCGGCUCUUUUCCCUCUGGGGUGCUGUCCGUGGCUCGACCCCCCGCCGAGGAUAGUGAGAGGGAGUCCAAAAGAUCUAAAAAGGGAAAGUCACUAGUGUUAGGGUUCUCAGACGAGGAUAAGGGGGGAACUAUCCAACCUCACGACGAUACUUUGGUGGUUACGUUGAGAAUUGGAGGGUUUGACGUGAAGAGGGUACUAGUAGAUCCGGGCAGUGCAAUGAAAGUAAUGUACCCUGAUCUGUACAGGGGGCUGAACCUAAGGCCUGAGGACUUAACAGCUUAUGACUCUCCUCUUAUAAGUUUCGAAGGGAAGAUUGUCAUACCAAAAUGGCAGAUCAGAUUACCUAUACAAACCGAAUCAGAGGUGAUGGAGGUAGAUUUUAUCGUGGUCGACGCCUACUCACCCUACAUGGCCAUAGUAGCUAGACCUUGGCUCCACGCCCUGGGAUCCGUGUCUUCUACACUUCACCAAAAGGUAAAAUACCCGUCGGGGGGCCAAGUGGAAGAGAUUGGUGGAGAUCAAGCCAUGGCUAGGCAAUGCAUGGUGGCCGCCAUCUCACGCCGGUCCAAUGCCGAGUCCUCGGCUUCUGUGAAGAACUUAUAA